AUGCGCUCCUCUAUGAUGGGUUUCGCCUUUGCGGCGGCAGUCCUCUGCCUGAUGGUUGGAGGCGCCGCCGCCGGCUGCACGGAGGGCAAGCACGGCUGCGUGGACUGCUACAACAAGUGGAAGUGUCAGAAGUGUGCCGACGGAUGGCUGCGCCACCCAAAGGGCUACUGCGUGCCCUGUGCCGGCUCCAACGGCGCCUGCCAGGAGUGCCGCUGGUAUCGCCGGACGAAGUGGUGCACGGAGUGCAGCGACGGCUUCUUCCUCAAGAACGGCAAGUGUGCGCCCUGCCCCAAGGGCUGCUCCGAGUGCUACAACAAGAGGGGGAAGGCAUUCUGCACCGCCUGUGAGCACGGCUUCAAGCGCAAGAACGGCAAGUGCGUCCCCCUCACUGGCAACCCCAGCCCCACCGUCUGCCCCACCACCCCCGUCUGGCGCACCGACACUGUCUUCGGCUGGGACCCUGUGUACGGCAAGAACAGUGCUGGCGCCUGCGUCAAGUGCACCGGGGGCGGCAACCACAAGGAGUGGUGCAAGGCCUGCGACGGCGACGCGCCCCAUGUCUGCACUGUCUGCGAGGACGGCUCCACCAACAAGUUCCCCAUGUACAUCGGGGUUGGCGGCACCUGCGAGUUUUGCUCCCAGGCCCACUUUGGCUGCCUGUCCUGCGAGAACGGCUCCGGCGACUGCCUGCUCUGCGACGCUGCCCAGAACUACUACUCUGAUGGCCACGGCGGCUGCGUGUGGCAGCAGCCCUGA